CCCAGUUGGGAUAUAAAGUGGUCGCGUGCUUGCAAGCUCAGUCACUCUGUCCCGUGGUGUCCACGAUCCUCGCAGACGCUCACGAUAAAAAGCUCCGCGACAACACUCGACAACACCCCUGCAUCGCACCUCCACGACUCUGCGACCCACCCCCGACAAGAUCGAAAAUAUCAUGUCGUCUCUCCGAGCCGUCAUAUUCUUGGCCAUGGCCCUGAUACUCCUGAUCGACUGGUCCACGGCUCUUCCAGCCCCCGACAAAGAAAGACUUCUGAACGAGGUAGACCUGGUGGACGAUGACGGAAGCAUCGAGACAGCCCUGAUCAAUUACCUGUUCACGAAGCAGAUCGUGAAACGGCUCCGGAGUCAGCUGGACAUCGGCGACCUUCAACGUAAACGCAGCUACUGGAAGCAAUGCGCUUUCAACGCCGUCUCUUGCUUUGGCAAAUAGAUCCAACCGUCCUCAGUCUGAGCAAACCGCGAGCCAAGCUUUCUUCUACGUCUGUCCAUUUUUCUUCCAUGUCCGACGCUAGUUAUUAAAAUCGAGUAUAGCUCGAGGAGAUUUCAACCAGCUGUGGUCACCUUCACGUCCGCGAUUUUCUAGGCUCCUUUAAUAUUAUCGGGUCGACGAUUAGUUUUUGUAUCUUGUUUGAGGAUUGUUUCGUUUUUUUAAUGUAAUCAAGAUCUUGGAUCGACGUUGGUUCUUAGCAUGCUUCCAUUGUCUUAUUCAUUUUACACAAUAUCGAACGACAGAUGUGCUCGACAGAAUUUAAUUAGGAUAUUCUUAGCGACAAUUCAAGCAUUGAUUUAUUUCAAUCGGAACAGGUUCGAAAAGAAAUUCAUACAACGAUUAGAGUCGAUUGAUGUUUUGCAUGUCCACCGUCCAUCGUACA